AUGCCACAUCAUUUUGACAAGGUAUAGCACUAGACAAUACCGCAAAAAUGCCUUCAAUCUUCACCUGAUAACUUCUAUUCUUAGUUUAUCUUUGAUUUUUCAGCUUGUCCAAAAGCAACGCGACUUCUUCAAUACCGGGACCACUUUGAGUGUCGAAUGGAGGAAGCAACAGCUGAUUAAACUCCGUGAAGCCAUCGAUAAGUUCGCCGAUAAAAUUGCUGAUGCCCUUUGGGCGGAUCUUCAUCGAGAGAAGUCUCUUUCCAAGGGUACUGAGACUGAUCUGUUGUACAAUGAUAUCGCGUAUUUCUUGGAGAAUUUGGAUAGUUGGACAGCUCCAGAGAAGGUGAGAAAAAUACUUCAAUAAAUAUUGAUUGUCAAACACAUUUUUAUUUAAGCUAACCUGUUCAGUGACUGUUAUAACAUAAUUUUCCAAUAAAUUCUUUCAGCGCAAAGGCAACGCCAUCAGCGAGGCCUACCUCCACAAGCAACCUAAAGGAGUGGUCCUCAUCAUCGCUCCCUUCAAUUAUCCCGUUCAACUUGCUAUUCGUCCACUCAUAGCGGCCAUUGGAGCUGGUUGCACAACGAUUAUCAAGCCUUCGGAAGCUACCGAGAACAGCGCUCAGGUCAUUGAGGAGAUCGUGAGCUCAGUGUUUCCUCCAGAGUUUGCGACUGUGGUCCUUGGAGAUGGCGCUACUUGUACUGCUUUGCUGGAACAAAGAUUUGAUCACAUCUUCUACACCGGGGGGACUCAAAUCGGAAAGAUCAUUAUGGCCGCUGCGGCUCAGCAUUUGACUCCCGUUACAUUGGAGUUGGGAGGUCAGAGGUGAGAGAACUUGGAUUAUAACGGAAAUACCGCUCUUGGAAUUUGAGCAACAUCAUUACGAAUAUUCUUUUUUCAGUCCCUGUUAUAUUGAUGAAGGAGUGGACAUUGAUGAGGCGGUUGGGAAGAUCGUCAUGCCCAAGUUCAUCAACAAUGGUCAGACAUGUAUCACUGUCAAUCAUUUGAUUUUGCACGAGAAAAUCAAGGAUGAGUUUACCAAGAAGCUGAUUGCUGCAGUUGAGGCGACUUUCACCAGAAAUCCAAAGUCCAACCCACUCUAUGCUCGUAUUGUCACUAAAAAACAUUGGAAGUAAGUAUCUGUUUUACCUUUAAAAUAAAAGUAUACUGUAACUGUCUUAUACUUAAUUUAACUUGAUUUUCAGCCGAGUUCAUCGACUCGUUAAGGCCACAAAAGGCAAAAUUCUUUACAAAGGAGACGAUGAAGAUGAUCAUGACGACAAAUUCCUGUCCCCUUAUAUUGUUGAAAUUGAGCCAGAGGAUUCGCUGUUGGAAGAAGAGCUGUUUGCCCCUGUUUUGCCAAUUUUGACCGUCAAAAAUGGCCAAGAGGCGAUUCAGUUGAUCAAAGACAGCGGAGAAAGGCCAUUGGCCAGUUACAUUUUCUCGAAUGACAAAGCUUUGACCGACAAAUUUGUUAACGAAAUUAUUGCUGGAGGCACUGUGAUUAACGAUGUGCUCGUUCAAUAUUUCAGUAAGGAAUUUUGGAAGUGAAAAUCAAAAAAUCUUGAAAAAAUUACCGUAAUUUUUUCAGACAAUGAUCUUCCAUUUGGCGGAGUUGGGAACAGUGGAAUGGGAAGAACCCAAGGAAAGUACGGCUUCGACGCUUUCACCCACGAAAAGCCAGUGUGCGUCUCGAAGUCGCCUAAGGGCAUUUUCAGCCAGUAA